AUGCUUACGCAACUUGCGUCCAAGUUCAGGCACAGCACCUACCAGGUCCUCAAGCUGCCCCGAAGCAUCGGUAAUGAUGAUGUCAUAAAGCGACCACAAAUUAGCCACGAGCAUCGCCCAGCCACCAGUCGCCUCGAAGUGGGUGCGGUACUGCAGACGAAGUCUGACCUGAACCCCCACAAGCAUUCGCAUAGCUGGGAUCUUACAACUGCAUCCGAAGUUGCCCAAGAUGCGCAUAUCUGCCAGCCAGGCGAGCUUUCCGGACCUGACCACAAUGGUCACAGUAACUCCGAGACUCAACAUCACAAGCUGGCAACACUGGACCAACUACCCAAUGGUCCGAGGGAACCGCAUGCAAGCUCCAAAAUGCGUACGGUUGCAUCCACAUGCAGGGGUCAACAGAACCCCACAGAAAAACUUUCGCACCAGAAAAAGAUUUCUGAUUUCUUUCAACAGUGUGUGAAACCGAUUGCCAAGAAAGGCUCUGCCACGCAGACGACCAUUCCUCAUUUCUUUCAACCCACGAAGAAGCUGCAACACCAGGAUCUGCCCAACGAGCAGGACCUUCCUGUUGCCAAGCCCCAGCAGGCCAAUGUUGAAAUGCAGAUGAUGAGUACAGGCAAUCUUGAACAGGCAGUGGAUAAUAGCACACAGCACGCCCUUGAAGCACGCUCAAGAGAUGCCAUUCAUGCCAAUGAACCUUCAAUUGACGAUGCCAGCAGCGAGGACGAUGACAGCCAGCCCAGUGAGGACACCCUUGCGCUCAUGCAGAGGCCCAAGUUCAAGGCUUUUCCCAAAACUAAAGCCCCCUCGCUGGCGGUCCAAUUGCGUGGUUUCAUGUACAUCGUGCCCUCCCAACCGGUGGAGUUGACCAGCAUCAGCCCAUACAGCGAAUGGUCAUCCAGGUUCUGUGCCUUGCUGCCCAACCCGGUAUCACGUAAUGAAUUGUUUGAUUUGGCCGGCAUCCCACCUGACCAGGUCAUCACCGAUACGCUGGAGUUUGAGUCAGAUGCCACCACACUCUGGCAGCACACCUUGCAGGCUAAUGGUCAGGUAGAUGACACAGCCGAGUACUUGAGUUUUGUCCAGCUUUCGUUUCAGUCCAUCCAUGAUGACAUGAUGCAGAUACAUGCUGUCACCAGUGAUCCCCUCAAACCAGUGUCGAACCACGAGGACCCAGACCCAUGGGAGGCCAAGGUCCCUCUCAACAAGGAAUUCAGAGUCAAGCUACACCUGCAGGCAUCCAUUCCGAUACAGGCAGACGCUGUGCCCGUCGAUGCCACAUCGGAAGAUCCUCAGUUGUUAUGGUUUGCCAACGAAGCCUGGAAACACGCUUUGGAAGCUGAAGACCCGUGCACGCUCUUGCCACUGCCUGACGGGCUACAUGUGCCAGACCCAUCCUACUGGGCUCUCCUGCAACCACCACUGUGCCAUGAUCAAGAAGAGGUCAACUAUACCCUCUACUUGGAUGGCGCCGCCAAUGGUACUGAUGCAGGAUGGAGUGUGAUAGUAGUGGCCAACAUGCAAACCACAGAGCACUUCCUAGGAUGUGCCUACGGCACAGUCCAACUAAGCUCCAUGCAGCCAGAUUGGGUAGGGGCAGAAACAGCAGACAACAUUGCUGCAGAGCUAUCCGCCAUGCUCUUUGCGCAAAAUCUGAUCAUGCGCUGGCAGGAAAACACCAAAGCAUGCAUACGGCCUGACUUGUCACUCAGCAGAACGGUAGCAACAGCUCUAAAAGAACUGGUCAACGCACCCUACGCCUGGAUGCUCAAUGGCACAAUGCCAAGGCUCCUGGUUGAAGCCAAGCUCGGACGUGCCACAUAUGCAUUCGUGGUCCUACAUGCCCCCAGCCUGGCCACCCCGAGCCAAGAGAACCCAAAUCCGGUUCACGACGUUACACAAUGGUGGAAUGACACCAGUGCCCUGUACACCCAACACGUCACAGCCAAGGACCAAUGGGUGUUCCUCGAUGCAAAUGCACCCCUUCCCCAGGGGGAUGGAGACCUUAUUGGACCCCACGGGGCUGAAACCAGCAACAAGGCGAGUGAACUGCUGAUUGAAUUCAUCGAGCAGCACCAGCUUGUGGUCCCAUCGACAUUUCCCCAGCUCCAUCAAGGGCCCACCGCAACGUGGACACACAGUACGAGGAAAAAAAGCAGAAAGGAUUAUGUGAUGGUAUCCCGAUCAGUGUAUCCACUGGCUACAAAAAGUUGGGUCGAUGUCAAGCAUGACACGACCUUUGCCCACGAAGACCAUCUCCCAGUCUUCCUCCAAUGCCAGGGAUGGCUGGAGGCAUCAACAACCAUGCCACCCACCUGCUGGGACGACCAAGCCAUGUUGGAUCCCCACAGGCUACAAGCCUUCCAGUCAGCCUUGCACACGCUGCCACUCCCGGCCUGGCACACCCAAGUUGAUGACCAUGCAGCCAUCUUUGAACGUCAAUUGCUUACCCUCGGCCAACAGUUCUUUGCCAAACAACCAGGCAAGCAAAGACUGAUCCAGUUAACAGAGAGUACCAAGGACGCCAUUGCCUUCAAGCGGCACAUCCUUGACUAUGGACGCCAGCAACAAUGUAUGCACCAUGAGGACUUCAAAACUGAACUCCGAAUCCUGGAAAAAGAAGUUGCACGGCGGGUCAACCAGGAUAUACAACUGUUCUAUACCGACCUUCUUGCCCAACUGCAGUCGUCAGGGGAGAUCUCCAACCAGAAGUUGGUGUACAAGCUACUGCACCGACUCGGCCGCAAGAGAGGGGCUGGAGAGGUGGAAGCCAGCUCCAACCUCCCUUGGUUGGGUGACGCCACUCCUGUCAAUGAUUUGGAGCAAAUCCCAUCCAUGCCACCAGAAGGGUUUGUCGAUGUUACCUUUGUUGAUGACUGCGUGGUCCUGCUUCACGGCCGCAGCAACGACCGCGUUGCCCAAGCCAUCCAAGUGCUCGUGACAGCCCUUGACAAAGCACCGGCACAACGCGGCCUUAGCAUCAACUUUGAACAAGGCAAGACCGAGGUCCUGUGGACGAUACUGGGUAAAGGAGCACGUGAACAGAAGCGUAGGCUCCAUGAAGAUGGACAGCUCAUCCAAUGGAUGGCAGAAGGCAAGACCUAUACCCUGCAUGUGUGUCACGCUUACAAACACUUGGGCACCUGGGUCCAAGCACACCACAGACACGCCAAAGAGGCCCUUGCCAGGGCUGCUGCGGCAAAACAGCAAUGGGGGCAGUUAGCUCGUUCAUUCUUUACCAAAAGGGCUAUCACCAUCCCGGUCAAGAGUGCUGUGUUUCAAAGCCUGGUGGUCUCAAAGAUGACGUACAACGUACAUACAUGGACAUCAGUCACCCAAAAGCAGCUUGACUCAUGGGUGAACCACCUCAAAGCUCCAGCUGGAACACUGCUCAAGGGGUUAUUGAUGCCGGCUACAAGGUACCAGCACUCCACAGACGAGAUGAUGGCGUUUGCAGGACUCCUUCCCUUGCAGGACCAGGUGCAUGCCAACAGGUUGAGGUUCCUGGCCAGACUGUUGCAAGCCUGCCCACAAAUCACUUGGACUUUGCUACAUGCCACCCAACAUCAACACUCCUGGAUUGAGAGUUGCCUAGAUUCGUGCCAGUGGCUCCUCAAGCACUAUGACCGUCGCCUGCCACUCACCGAAAACUCACAGUUCUUGGACUGGGUCCGCUUUGUCCGGCUCGACCCCAACUGGAAAGGACGCAUCAAAAAGACAUGCAAACUUGCGCUGUCCUUUCAUCGGUCCAGAGCAGAGCAUGCCAUCUGGCAACGCCACUUCAAUGCCAGGCUCACACAAGCAGGAGCAACACUGCCAGACAAAGCCAAGCCAGCAGCCAUCCAAGACCGAUGGCAAUGCGACUUGUGUCAAAAGGUAUUUGCAUCCACUCGAGCACUAGCCAUGCACGCCACCAGAGAACACGGCUAUAAAAAGAAAGUCAGAUACUAUGCCACAGGUGACACCUGCCAGGCCUGUUGCCAAAACUUCCACACUCGCAAACGCCUCUCGGUCCACCUGGAGAAGCAAGCUCGGUGUUACAACAUCGUCACCAGUUGCUGGCCACCGCUCCCCGCAACGCAGGUCCAAACAUUGGACGAUGAGGACAGAACCCAUGAAUCCCAGCUGCGCAAACAGGGAUGGUGGGCGGCCAAAGCCUUCCAACCUGUGGUGACGGUGCAAGGACCGCCACUCCCACCAGAAGGAAGCCCAGAGGCACAGCUGAUGUUUGAUCGCAUGCAACGGCGCCGGCCCAGUGAUGUGGUGGCCUACACGCAGCUUCAGGGCACCAAACUAACACAGCUCCCAGAUGGCCCAAAGAAGCUGUGGUGGACCAAUGAUGACUUGCCUGCAUUCAUCAUGCACUCUGUCCAAGGCCCUGACGCAGCGGGGGGUGCCUUUGCCAUGUGGGGCUUGGCCCGGGAGACAGCCGCCUUGCACAUACGUGCAUUAGUUCUUCGCAUCAGUGACAGACUGCUCAGGUUCCUGUUAGAUAUGCUUGUCACCCUUGCCAUGAUGGGCCUCAGCGGCUUUCUCGAGCAUCCGCAAUUUCCAACGUGGUGCAAUCGGGGCCACCCGGCCAGUAUAUGGGCGAUGGAAGCCCUGAAACACCUGAAACGCCUCAAUUGCUUCUCCGUUGUGAGCUUUGAUCAGUGCGUGGUUGGCGCUGUGGCCAAAAAACCAACAACGUUGGUCCUCCUGCGCAUGCCUGACGUGCGCGAGCAGCUGAUGAAAAGAGGACACAGUGGCCGUUGCAAUCACCCAGCCGGGUCCCACUCUGCCCUCAUUGGGCGCCAAGAGGAUGGCACGUUCAACACUGCGAAAGCGAAAGUGUAUCCAUACGGACUCAACCGCAUCCUGGGAAUGGGGCUGUUCAAAGCAGCGGAAAGAUGGGUGUCCGUGGCCACUGACACGCAGUUGCCGGCGGAGCUCACACCCUACCUCGAGCAAAGCUGCCACGAUGAAAGCGUCGUGCAACCAGACUAUCAUGGCGGCAAGGGCUAA